GAUCAAUAACAAACAGCAGAGGGCAGCACCGCGCCAUUGUCGCGCCUAGUCUGCCCAACCGUAGAAGAAGAGGAGGAGGAGGCGGACAUGCGCAGUGUGCGGCUCUGGUUCAGUGUUAGUGAAGAUGGCUGCGCCCAUAGACCUGGAGCUGAAGAAGGCGUUCUCGGAGCUGCAGGUGAAGAUGAUCGACACGCAGCAGAAGGUGAAGCUGGCCGACCUGCAGAUCGAUCAGCUGACUCGGGUUCAGAAACAUGCUAAGCUAACUCACGCCGAGAUCACCACGCUGCCCGACAACACACGGCUGUACGAGGGAGUCGGACGCAUGUUCAUUCUUCAGUCGAAGGAGGACAUCAACAAUCAGCUGAUGGACAAACAGAAAACAGCUGAUGAGAAGAUUAAAGAGCUGGAGCAGAAGAAGGUGUACCUUGAACGCAGCGUGAAAGAAGCAGAAGACAACAUCAGAGAGAUGCUGCUGUCCAGGAGAGCUCAGUAAUCAAUCGUCGAUAACACAUUGAUCACGCGUUCACGUCGGGAACUGUGUGUGUGUGUUUGUUCAUAAUAAAAUGUUGAACCUUCA